AUGGCCGAGGGAAUUGCGGAAUCCUGCAGGCUUUCCUCCAGGACUAGCGAGUCAGCUGCCAGACAAGGAGGCUUCCUUGCGCGUCUCCAGCUCCCUCGUCCGCAACAGACCUAUGCCACGGCAACGACGGCAACGGCCACUUCUCCCAGCAGCCAGGCCUGGAGCUUGACGAAGGCGGACAAGGUUGCGCUACAUUUCAGCCGACGCUGCGUGCCAUGUAACUUUUUCCUUCGGGCGGGUGACGGCUGCCGCCUUGGAGAAGCCUGCAACCAUUGCCACCUCUGCGGCGAACAAGAAGCCAGGACCCAACGAAACCGCAUUCAACAGGAGUGCCGCAGGGCCCGGAAGGAAGGCAAGACCUUCCGAGCAGGGCGAAUCCAACAACCCAGGCUGGUAUACGACCUGUGA